GUGCUGUGCCUUCAGCUUUCAGCUUUCAGUAUUGGCUCACAAUUAUUUUUUGAUCUUCACAUUUAUUUCACCACAAGGACCAAUUACAUCAAACAAACCAAGACAAGCACACAGUACAGCAACCAUGAUGAACGCAAGAACCAAAAUCACGACAAGACGAGGAUUGAAGCAUACGAAGCCAUUGGUGGAUCUGUUUCCCUUGCCAGAACACUCCACCAGGACGAAAAGUUUGGGGCUGAAGCGCUCCUUGGCAUCUGGCUGCCUUGAGCAACUCGGUCAGCCCAUGAAAAAAAUCAAGACCAGGCAUCACACAUCUCAAUGCAACCAUGACCAAACACUUUCUUCAAAGGAUCCAGAGCCUCCUUUCCUCUUGCUUCAAGCAUUUGCACCAUUCAGCGAGAAGCAGGCCUUUGACACGGACGAUAUCCUUCCCUUUCCUAUGCUGGAUCUGGGCAAGGACACGAUGGAUCCCAUGUUUGCCCUAUCCGGAGCCAUUGCAGCCUGAUUCAGCCAAUGUGUGUCUUCUCCCAUCAUGUAAUCCAGCAACCAAUCGUAUCUUUUAUCUACUCUUCCAGCUGUACAAACAAUCAUCGCAGCAGCUCUGCCUUGCUUACUUUAGAAACACAUGUGUAUAAAUUAACAAAAUCCGCGCUCUCUAU